AUGCAUGUCAUUGCAAUCUCCUCCUGCUUUGGUGCGCUAUCUACCGUCUUCGUGUUGCUGAGGCUGUACACCCGGUUCUACCUGAUUAGACAUCCGGGAAUCGACGACUAUAUCAUAACACUGGCAUUGGUACGGUAUCAAGCAAUUGCACAGUCGCAGCUGAUGAUGAGGUUUAGUGUUUUGCAUGAAGUCGAUAAUGGCUCCGGACAGCCCAUAGCAACCUUGUCCCCCGAAACAAUCAAGCUACAACUGAAAGCCCUCUGGCUCUCAAUCCCAUUCUACAACCUAGCCCUAACCCUCACAAAAGCCGCCAUCAUCUCCCUCUAUCUCCGCAUCUUCCCAACACCCAAAUUCGUCCUCACAGCAAGAAUCCUCAUUGCCAUCAUCGUUGUCUACGGGCUCUGGACCGUCCUCAGCGCUUUCCUGAACUGCCUGCCCGUUAGUUCCUUCUGGGACACCUCCGUCAAGGGCAGCUGUAUCCCCAAGGCUUUCCUGUGGUACUUCAACGGCGCAUUUAACAUUGCUACCGAUUUGGCUGUUCUCGUCCUGCCAAUCCCGUCCCUUUCGCAGUUGCGCCUCUCGAAAAGAAGGCAGAAGGUUGGGGUGAUAUUUAUCUUUGCGACGGGAAGCUUUGCCUGUAUCACAAGCAUGGUCCGUCUAAACUACCUGCGCAGGGCAGUCAACUCCCCAGACCCCUCAAAAGACAGCGCCCCCAUAGCCCUCUGGUCCAACAUCGAAGUCAACAGCGGCAUAAUCUGCUGCUGUCUCCCGCCCCUCAAGCCGCUAAUAACGCGCGUCUUCCCACACCUGCUCGCCUCCGCCGCCCUUUCCGGAAACCCCAACGCGCAGGACCAGUAUACCUACAAGUCCUCAGGACCCAGCUCGGGCUCACACCCCAAGCGCACAACGGAUAUAAGCCUUGGAAAGUACGGCGUGGGGGAUUUGACGGUGCUGGAUGAGGGGGAUCUAGCUCUAGCUUCGCCGGCGGCUGUAGCGGGGAGAGGGAAGGGGGGGAGGUCCAGAUCUUACCAGUCUGAUGAGAUUAUGAUCACGCAUGAGGUAAGGAUGGAAUCGUAUGAGAGGGAUGAUGUUGCUCAUAGUGAGACGGAGAGUGAAUGGGGGCUUGUGCCUAGGGAGUAUGCGGACGGGGGGCUGAGGAGGUUGAGGGGCCUGAAUUAG